AUGGGCAAAAUUAACACUAUAAUUUUUGUCCUUGUUUCUCUCUUAUUCUUAAUUAGCAUCUCUUCAGCAGUCCCAAUAGUGUCAUCCCAACCCGCAAACCACACAGAUCUUCAAGCGGCCAUUGAAGACAUGAAGGCCAAAUCCUUCUAUGGCUUUGCCAUCCUUCUCCAAAUGCUCAACAUCACCACCCAACUAACCCUAAAAGAAAUCACUUUCUUCAUCCCCCAAGACCCUCAGCUCUCCAAUAUCUCCAUUGCCGUCGACCGUCUCGAAGCGUUCGUGCUCAGUCAUUUGAUUGUCAUGCCACUUGAAUUCAGCGACUUGAUUCGGUUUCCGACCGGUUCGAUCGUUCCUUCAGGUUACCAUAAUAGGAUGAUCAGAAUCCAUAACCAUGGAAGAGGCCAUUUUGUUGUUAAUAAUGCUGUAGUCAAUGUUCCUAAUGUUUGUUCUAGUUCUGAGAGUAUUAAGUGUCAUGGGGUUAAUAAGGUUAUUGAUUAUGGUAGGGAUUCUUAUGGUAAUCUUAAUAAUUAACUUCUGGGGUUAUAUCUUUGGAAUAUAGUUUGUUAUUGGAAUACAAAAUAUCAAAGUUUAUCGUGUUGAAUAAAAAGUACUUUAGGUGUGUGAGUUUAGAGAAUGGUUCCACUUUAUAUUAUACUUUG